AUGGACAAGUACAAACCUCGGUGAGGAAUUAAGCAGUGACCUAAUCAAGCUGACUUUUAUUGUGACACACAUGAGAUUAGCCUGUGCGAUCAAUGCAAUGCAGUCAGAUGUUAUGAUUGAGACAUGAUCGUGAUUUGUAGCCCAGAGAAGCUCAAGCAGAGUUCUGAGCUAUUGCAUGGGUUUUUAAGGGAACUCGUGAGAAAAGCAGAAGUCAAUGAUCUUUAUGUGUCUAUAUCUGGGCUACAAGAGGCUCUUGAUGAUGUUUCAGAAGUACUUAAAGCAUUUGAGGAGCAAGUUGCUGAGUGACUUAAAUAUUAUGACCCUAUUGAAGCUUCAAAACUAGUUAUGCAGAGCAAGCUAAUCCUCUCAGACAUAUUUAGAGGAACUAUAGUCUCCAAACAUGGUGACUUCAAUCCAAUUCUGAGGCUUUUAUUUGACAGCCAAGUGAUUGACACUCAGAAAGGAUUCUUCGAUGAUCCUUGAGUAAACACCGAGAGAACAAAGGACUUGAAGGCAAUGAAACUUGUCAGAGAGCUUACUUUUAGAAACAAGAGUAUUAUAGAAGACCGAAUGAAGAAAGAGCUUGAAAUGGUCAAGAAUAAAGCUAUCAGAGAGACAGAACUGAAAAUGAAUAAAAUAUAUAUACCUCAAAUAAAUUCAUUGAAGGAAAUUAACCAAUCAUUAGAAGAUGAAAAGUGCAAAACUGAUGAAAAGUUAAAGCUAUCAAUGGAGCUUUGAGAUAAAACCACCAAUGAGUUAUUCCUUGAGAAAGAGCAAGUACUCAGACUGACAGAACAAGUAGAAGCCAUGAAGCGAGAAAAUACAGCUAUAAAGGAUCUAUGUGAGAAUAUGAAAAGUCUUAAUCCUGAUAAAGGGGAAAUCUGACAGUUUCCUGAUACCACAAACCCAGGUCUACCUGAAGCUUGAAGCGUGGCUUUCUUAGGCCCUACAGUAGGUAAAUCCUCAUUGCUAGGUAGGAUGACCGGUGAAGAGUUUAAAGAAGACUAUACCUUCUCUACAGGCUUUGACUAUAAAACUAUUAAGACUGAGUUUCAAGGCAGAAAAGUUUGUCUCAAGAAUUAUGAUAUCACAAAUAGUUUAGCAAAUAUGUCUGAUACAACUUCAUCGCUGAAGUAUAAGAAUGUGACUACUUCCUUUGUUAAGUCAGUCCAAUGUAUUUUCUUGAUGUAUGACAUCACUAAAGAAGCUUCUCUUGAGAACUGCCAAUCAUGGGUGGAUAGUCUCCUCAAAAAUGAGAUGACUGAUAAGAUUAUCUAUCUAAUAGGCAACAAGACAGAUCUGGAAGACCAGAGAGAAAUCUCUCAAGAAGCAAUUGCUGAGUUCAAAUCUAAAAAUAACAUAGAUUUUCACUUUGAAGUGUCUGCCAAGACUGGAGAGGGUGUCGAGCAGUUGUGAGAGCAUGUGCUGAAACAUUUAUUUAUAUCCCGCCAGCCAAUCUCCAUUGAAAACCGUCCCUCUGUAUACAAGCGGAAAGGUUGGUUCGGUUGAAUGUUCUCUACUGAACAAUAA